UCUCCAGCGCGGGCCGGGAGGUGGGCGAGGCGCGAAGGAGGCACCGCGCCCGGGGUGCGGGGCGGAGGGCGGCACCCCGGACGCGCGGGGCCCGGCGCUAGGACCCGAGCGCUGCACCUGUUGGCGCCGGCUUGCCCGCCCGCCCUCAGCCCAGCCCAGCCCGCCGGUGCCUGGCCGAGCGCAGAGCCCAGAGCCACUGGGCAGCGCCAUGGCCCAGCUGGUGCGGAGCCUGCGGGACUCGCGGCUCGUCGCCCGCUUCCAGCGCCGCUGCGGGCUCUUCCCCGCGCCCCAGGCGGGUCCGCAGGAGCAGGGCGCAUCCAGGCCCCCCCGCGCCGGCCCCGACAAAGGCGGCAGCCGGGGGCCCCCCAACGGGCUGCGGAGAAGCUGGGCGUCGCAGGCUAAUGUGCAGGAGGAGUACAUUGUGAAGAAUUAUUUCUACUACUACCUAUUCAGAUUUUCAGCUGCUCUGGGUCAAGAGGUGUUCUACAUCACAUUUCUCCCAUUCACUCACUGGAAUGUUGAUCCUUAUUUAUCCAGAAGACUGGUCAUCAUUUGGGUCUUGGUGAUGUAUAUUGGCCAAGUGGCCAAGGAUAUCCUGAAGUGGCCCCGGCCUGUCUCCCCUCCCGUGGUGAGACUGGAGAAGAGAGUGAUGGCUGAAUUUGGGAUGCCUUCCACCCACGCCAUGGCAGCCACCGCCAUCUCCUUCACUCUCCUCAUCUCCACCAUCAACAGGUACCAGUAUCCGUUUGUUUUGGGACUGAUGAUGGCUGUGGUGUUCUCCACCUUGGUCUGCCUCAGCAGGCUUUACACAGGGAUGCACACGGUUCUGGACGUGCUGGGUGGCGUCCUCAUCACCGCGACCCUCAUCGCCAUCACCUACCCCGCCUGGCCUCUCAUCGACAGCCUGCACUCAGCCAGCCCCGUGUUGCCCGUGUGUGUCAUCGUGGUCCCCUUCCUCCUGUGCUACCACUACCCCGUGUCGGAUGCCUACACUCCUACCCGCGCGGACACCACCACCAUUCUGGCCGCCGGGGCCGGGGUCACCCUGGGCUUGUGGAUCAACCACUUCUUCCAGCUGGUGGCCGAGCCGGCCCAGUCUCUCCCCGCUCUGCGGAGCAUCCCGCCGCUGACCAGGGCCUUGGUGCUGCAGGGCCUGGCCAAGUUCACGGUGGGCCUUCUGCUGGUGCUGCUGGUGAGGCUGCUGGUGCAGAAGCUGUCGCUGCAGGUGCUGUUCUCGUGGUUCAAGGUGGUGGUCCGGAACAAGGAGGCCAGGCGGCGGCUGGAGAUCGAGGUGCCCUACAAGUUUGUCACCUACACGUCCGUGGGCAUCUGUGCCACCACCUUUGUGCCUUUGCUGCACCGGGUUUUGGGUUUGCUCUGAGUACCCGGGGUUGGAUGUCAACACACAAGAUGUGAGAGAGAGGCCCCUCUAGAAAGCUCAUUGCUCAUUAGAAACAACGACGACUAGGGGAGCUGCGAGGUAGCGCAGCGGAUUAAGUGCACCUGGCGCAAAGCACAAGGACCGGCAUAAGGAUCCCGGUUCGAGCCCCCGGCUCCCCACCUGCUGGGGAGUCGCU